AUGGUGACAUCAGAAACCUACCCUGCGGUGCGCCAGUCACAUACAAAGUUACAGAGUCUCUUCCCUAUAGUUUCAACUGCAUAUGUUACCGUGUAUAUGAAAGCAAAAGAUCUCAUAAAGGAACUGGAGGACAUGGGCGUGACGGGGCUGCCCACGCUGCCGCCUCCCACACACGACGACUGCGGGACAAGUAACAACAGACAAGACGACUGCGGGACAAGUAACAACAGACACGACGACUACGAGACAAGUAACAACAGACACGACGACUACGGGACAAGUAACAACAGACACGACGACUACGGGACAAGUAACAACAGACACGACGAAUACGGGACAAGUAACAACAGACACGACGACUGCGGGACAAGUAACAACAGACACGACGACUACGAGACAAGUAACAACAGACACGACGACUACGGGACAAGUAACAACAGACACGACGACUGCGGGACAAGUAACAACAGACACGACGACUGCGGGAUAAGUAAUAACAGACACGACGACUACGAGACAAGUAACAACAGACACGACGACUACGGGACAAGUAACAACAGACACGACGACUGCGGGACAAGUAACAACAGACACGACGACUACGGGAUAAGUAACAACAGACACGACGACUACGAGACAAGUAACAAUAGACACGACGACUACGGGAUAAGUAACAACAGACACGACGACUACGAGACAAACUAUGAGAGCCAAGAGAGUGAGUGGAUCCUCGCUCACACCUUCCAACGUGGUGGAAUUGAGGUGUUUGGUGAGGGCCGGAAUGGGAGGCUUUGUAUCGCCGCUUUCCACAUUGUGUGA